AUGGAAGAAACAAAACGAUGUAGCACACAACCGGGAAGGCUAGACAAGGCAAAUGUUUUUGGCAAAGUUCUUGUAGAGUUUGAUUCAAAAACUGGCGUUCGCAGUUUUUCCUCGGACUGCAAUCUGUUUCAUCCUCUUGAAACUUUUGCAGCCAGAUUGCCGCAGAGUCCUCCUGUAGACAUGGAAUACGAUACGGAGUUAACUCAGUAUCCUACUUCACCUGCAUAUGCUAUGGCAGCUGGGUCAUUCAUGCCCAGAGGUAGAACACCUUUGGCCAAACCCUCCAAGAGCUGUUCCUUUGCUGGACUUGGAUUGUAA